AUGGCCACCCCAAUCCAAUACCAGUCGCCCGGUCUGCACAGCGACGAAACCGUCCACGGCACCGGGAUAUGGCGCCGAAUCGAGAACGGCUGGACGCGGGAAUGCGCCGCGACCGAAUCCGGCGUCAGCUACAACCAAAACGUCCGCGACGGACACACAGAGCUGACCGUCGAGCUCCCCUUCAGCACGAACCUGUCCACAGCAGAGCUGAUCCAACGCGUUCGGAACGCUUGGCUGCUCUGCCACUCUACGCGCCCUGAGAUCGCCAUUCAGAUAUCCACGGGCACGGAGUUGCCGCAGCGGCUGGUCUUUGAGCCUCUGAAGACUCCUACGGAAGCAGCAGCCUGGCUAAAGGAGACCUUCCGCGUCGUUUCGGACGCAGAUGCGCGCGAUGUAGCUCGCAUGACCUACAGUCGCCGUCUACCGACGAAGGGGAAGAGAAAUAUGCUCUACCUUGUGACGGCGGGCGCGGCGAGCCCUGAGUAUCCCGAGAGGCACUGUCUCGUGUGGAAUUUCAGCCACGUCUUGGCUGAUGUCUACAGCGUCGUGCUGUUCUUCAACCACUUCUUCCGCACAGUUACAGAGGUGGCCGGUGAUCGGGACCUCGACGUCCGCGAGUUGGAUUAUUCGUGCCUCGAGACCCGGCUGCCUCUUACGCCCAUGACUCCCUACGAAGAACGAUACCAGCCUACAAAAGAGCAUAAGGAACGGGCGAUUGAAGGCGCCUUGGCCCAGACAGAGCUGUAUACUUCAAAGAUGCCCCAGUCUAUUGCUAUGUACCCUGAGCCCGACGCAGCCGCCCGUCCUCACGGCACUCACUGUAUAAGACUGCGGUAUACACUGGCCGAAUCUGAGGCACUGCUGGCGGCUCUCUCCGAGCAAAAGAUCAGCAUCACCUUCGCCGCCGCCGCAGCGACAGUGCUCUCCAUCAAGCAGAUCUACGGGCGCGGCCACGAAACAGGUGCUCUGCUCGGCAUGACACGCAACGCGAGACGUUGGGUCGACACCGAAGGGCGCCACCGCGUGCCCAAUGCCGCUGACGUCGUCUUCCUCUGGAUCCCAUUCAAACCGGAGUGGUUUGCGCCCGGCACCUCAACCCAGGAGACAAUACUGCUUCUCGCACGCGAGAUUCGCACCCAGUUAGGACCCCAUCUGACUUCGCCCCAUUAUAUCUCAACGCUCUCCUUCACGGCAGACAGGGUGAUUGCCAAUCUUGCCGGAGAGGGCGAGCCCGUCCCAUCGCCCCAGGCGCCGGGUUUCUCGCCGCAGGGCGCGCUCCCUCUUCAGAGGGAUUUUGCGUCGUCCAGGGUGAGCAUCAGGACACACGACUUAGUGCACACGGGGCGCCAGAUCAACCCGAGUGCGUGGGUGGGCAUGUUUUCGCUCUGGGGGCGGGUUACAUUGAGCAUGGGAUUUGAUUCCAAGUAUUAUGAUCCCGCCAAGAUGGAGGCGUUUAUGGAGAGGGUCAAGGCAAAUCUGGGAUCUACUCAGGUUGUUUCGAAGUGGUCGAAGCCGGUUGUCCAGGCGAGAUUGUAG